CUUUUUUCGAACAUGUUAAUGUGGCAAUUUUGGUGUGCUCUAUUGUGCGUUUUGUGGCUAUAUUUCCUGUGGACUCGUCGCAAAUUCUAUCUGUUAACGCUAAAGAUACCUGGCAAGUUGGGCUUGCCAAUAGUUGGCAUGGCCCUCAAUUUAAAUAGGGAAAACGUGCUGCAGAAAAUAUGUUACUACUUGGAUAUACUUGGCCCUGCAGGAUUGACGUGGCUGGGUCCCAUACCAAUUUUUAUUGUGAGUGAUCCGCAAUUGAUUCAGGACAUUUUUACUUCACCUAAUUGUGUUAACAAGGCCAUCACAUAUAAGGCACUCGAUCAAGUCGGUGCUUCAUUGAUGAGCUUAGAAGAUCCCCAAUGGAGCGUGCAUCGGAAAUUGCUAAAUCCAGCCUUUGGGCAUAAGGUACUGCUUAGCUUUGUUCCCGUAUUCAACACUGAGACUGCACACCUUCUAAAAUCUCUCGACGAAUUGGUAGAUAACGGAGAAAUGGACUUAAGGCCCUUGUUGCAAAGUUUCACCCUGAGAAUUGCAAUUCAAACUACCAUGGGCAGUGAUGUAAAGAGUAGUGAGAAUUUUAAGAAUGACAAACUUCUCCAGGAUUACCAAUGUCUUCUGGAAGCCAUUACAGAUAUGUGCAUGUCACCAUGGCUUAUAUAUAAAACGGUCCGGCGACUUCUUGGCAAGGAAAGACAUUACUCCAGUGCCAAAUCGGAGGUUCAGGGAUUCAUCAGAAAGCUUAUUGAAAGUAAUUUGGCAAAGGAUACUCCUCCUCUGCCCCAGGAUAAAAACAUAUUUAUAAAUCUAGCAAUUGAUUUGUGGAAACGUGGCAUCUUUAGCUUGAAGAAUGUGGAAAAUGAAUCGAAUUCCAUUGUUUUUGGAGCCUUUGAAACUACGUCUAAUACAAUAGCCUAUGCAUUAAUGUUACUCUCCAUGUUUCCUGAGUACCAGGAGAAGGCUUUUGAAGAGAUUUUAACAUUGUUUCCUCAUACUGGAGAUUUUGAAGUUACCUACGCUGACACCCAACAAAUGGUUUAUCUAGAUCUAAUUCUAAGUGAAUCAAUGCGAGUUAUAGCCCCUGUUCCACUUUUGGCGCGACAAACGUCCGAGGAUGUAAUGCUUUCGAAUGGAGUUGUUCUUCCCAAGGGCCUUCAAAUUUUAAUCAAUAUAUUUCACUUGCAUCGCAAUAAGGAAAUUUGGGGAAACGAUGCGGACACCUUCAAUCCGGAUCACUUUCUGCCUCAUAACAUGCAGGAUAAACAUCCCUACGCUUAUAUACCCUUCACAAAGGGCAUACGCAAUUGUAUAGGUUGGAGAUAUGGUUUAAUAUCCGCCAAAGUGACUAUAGCGAAGUUACUUAGAAAUUAUAAAUUCACAACCAGCUUUAAAUUUGAAGAUCUUGUCUUUGUCGAGGAUAUUACCAUGAAACUUAAAACAGUGCCAUUAAUAAAACUACAACGAAGGAAUGAAUAGUCUUGAGCAAAGCUUAAUUUACAUCU